UCAAAUUUCAAGAUGGCGACCAAGAAGGUAGAUUUUCGUCGUCUGAAAGAAGAGCGAGAAUCGCAGAAAAACAAAAAGAAAAUCGAAUCACCAUUAGCAAAAUAUAAUAGUUUAGGUCAAUUGUUUUGUGUUUUAUGUAAUGCUCCUGUCAAGAGUGACCUCCUGUGGAAUGCACAUGUGCAGAGUAAAAAACAUAAAGAGAACUUUGCAGAACUAAAGAACAAAAAGAAUACUAGAGUAACACAACAAGUUAAGAAAAGCGACCAGCAACAAGGAAACCAGAAAAGCCCUACUUUUCUCAAACCAGCURAACCACCAACAUUAGAAAAAAGAAAAACUAACCAACAAGGAGAUGAAGAAAAUGGAAUUCCAAAAAAGAAAAUAAAAGCAUCUACAGAACAGUCAUCAAGUUUACCAUCAGACUUUUUUGACAACCCAUCAAAACAAGUGGCAGGGUCAUUAACAAACUUACCGUCAGAUGAUAGUGAUGAUGAAGAUGAUGAUGAUGAUAAUGCACAAGAUAAACAGCAAGCAGUAUCAAGUUCAGGUUUACCAGCAGAUUUCUUUGACAAAAAAGAGGAAAAGGACAAAACAAAUUCAGAGGAAAAACCUAGGAAACCUUCAGAGGAUAUACCGGAAGGAUUUUUUGAUGAUCCUAAAUUAGAUGCAAAGGCCAGAAAAGUAGAAUACAAAGAUCCAGUUGAAUUAGAGUGGGAAAAAUUCCAAAAAGAAAUUCAAAUGGCAAACCAGGUAUCUGAGGCUUUGGUUGAAGAAGAUGAUGAGGUCGCUCGAAUUGAUCGGCAAUUGUAUGAACUGAAUGAACAGAGGGAAUAUUUCCUCAAGGCUAACCAACUAAGAGAUAAACAGUCCAUCAUCAAAGAGAAAAUAGAAGAGAUAGCAAAAGAAGAGAACAAACAAGACGAUAGUACGAGUAGCGAUAGCGAGGACUUCGAAGAGUUCUUCGACUGGAGAGCGAAAAAAGUCUUAUAAAAAAUAUCCAAAAAUUAGUUUUCUAAAUAAAUUAAUAAGUGUCAGACUUUAAAAAAAGUCAUUGGAACUACAAGAAGUUCCCUCUUAACAUUUCCCGAUAAGGCGUGUCUCUUUUGGGAUAAAAAUAUGUCAUGACUUUUUAUAGCGUUCACCCUGAAGCAAUCACAAUGCAAGAAAUCUCAAACUAUCCAAUCAUAUUGACGGAAGAAGAAAGCCAUAUGAGAGUUGCACUAUUGCAACUUUUCCCGGUCAUACAAGAGUAGUUUCGAGAAUAAAGAAAAGUGUAUCGGAGCUUUA